AUAUAUAUCUGUGCACACACGCACAGACCUACUGACACACUCAGAGGCAUCCCCGGAGCAGGGAUUGGACGAGAGACAGAGAGCACUUCUUUCCCACCCCUCCACAGCAGCUGUACUACCAGUAGCCCUGUCAGAGUGGGAUAUGAGAGCAGGGCGGCGAUGAUGACCGGCCACUUGGACUCCUAGACCACCUCAUAGAGAUCCCACACCUCGCCGGCCCACUUCUCUCACACACUUGUCAUUAACCACCGUGGACCAGGAAUGGAUUCUAGGCUACUGAUUGGACCGGGGGUCCCCACACCGGACCCGACCGCCCGGGCACCCUGGAACAUCAGCACUAUCAGCCCACACCGGCUCAUGGAGCUGUCCCCAGUCUCUACAGCUGGUUCCCUGGUUCCAAGCCACCCAUUUCCAACGGUGGAUGUCCCAGACCACGCCCACUAUACCAUUGGUGUUGUCAUCCUCAUUGUGGGUAUCACGGGCAUGCUGGGAAACUUCCUGGUCAUGUAUGCGUUCUGCAGGAGCCGGAGCUUGCGGACACCAUCCAACAUUUUCAUCAUUAACUUGGCAGUCACAGACUUCCUCAUGUGUCUCACUCAGACACCCAUCUUCUUCAUCACCAGCAUGCACAAGCGAUGGAUCUUUGGAAAGAAGGGUUGCGAGUUGUAUGCCUUCUGUGGAGCACUGUUUGGUAUCUGCAGUAUGAUGACACUGAUGGUGAUUGCGGUGGACCGGUAUGUGGUGAUUACCAGGCCUCUCGCCUCCCUUGGGGUGAUGUCUCGCAGGAAAGCCCUGAGCAUCUUGGCUGCUGCCUGGGUCUACUCCGUCGGCUGGAGCCUGCCCCCCUUCUUUGGCUGGAGUGCUUAUGUCCCAGAAGGUCUGAUGACGUCUUGUUCCUGGGACUACAUGACGUUUACCCCGUCUGUCCGCUCCUACACUAUGCUGCUGUUCACCUUUGUCUUCUUCAUCCCUCUCUUCAUCAUCAUCUUCAGCUAUUGCUGCAUCUUCAGAGCCAUCCGACACACAACACGAGCGAUAGCUAAGAUCAACAAUCAGGGAUCCAGAGACUCUGCAAAGAGGUUUCAUAAGAUGAAGAGUGAAUGGAAAAUGGCCAAAAUUGCACUCAUCGUCAUACUGCUGUUUGUCAUCUCCUGGGCCCCUUACUCCUGCGCGGCCCUCACUGCAUUCGCUGGGUACGCUGACUUGUUGACUCCGUAUAUGAAUUCUGUUCCUGCUGUGAUCGCCAAAGCAUCUGCGAUUCACAACCCUAUCAUAUACGCCAUAACACACCCCAAAUACAGGUCAGCGCUCAGCAGGUAUAUUCCCUACCUCGGAGUAUUGCUGUGUGUUACUGGCCGAGACCGUUUCAGCAGCAGCAGUUUCCAGUCCACCCGCCGAUCAACCCUCACCAGCCAAUCAGAGUGCAAAGGCCCCAGCAAGCCCCGCAACUCCUCCCUGUCUGAUAGCGAAUCAGCCCACUUCUCAGACACGGAGGAGGACUGCUCGUCUCGGACGCCCGUCAUUCGUCAGUUGUCCGGUGAUGUCAAACAGGUGCGCCAUGCCAGCCAGAGGUCAAAGGUGAGAGGUCACAACACGGGGGAGUUUGAGAGAACUGCUGCACACCACCCCACUGACCCGGCCAUAUGUCACCUCUCACAGAUCACAACUGUGGCAGAGCCUGAAGACAUCUCCAUGUCGGACAUCAGUCUGCAGCCAACCAGUCAUCUGCCUGCUACUCUGGAUAACGUGAUGGAGCAGUCAGGGCCAAGGACUGCGUGUAAGACGUCAUCCGUCAUUGUAACCUCCAUUUCCAGCCCGUCUAUACUGCAUAGUCCCCCGGGUUUCCAUGGCAGCCUCAAAUUGACCAAAACGUACAGCCCAGUUGCCAAGGAGUCCCUUGACAUUGCCAGGCUGGAGACAACAGCAUUACCAUAAACAGCUGGACAAAAGUGCGACAGCAGCGUG